GAUAGCAUUGAAGAGUGGGUGCAGCUCAAGCAGGACUCUAUUCGCUCAUUCAAGCUUGAACACGGUGAGGAUCUUGAUGAGACCAAGCCCAUGUCGGAACGCGAUGAGAUGGUCCGCGAGGUUCGUGAAAUCCCUGUCAAGGUUGAAUCGGAAUUGGAAGUCGAGGAAGUCGAUGUCUAG